AUGGAUGCACAUGCGUAUGAAAACAGUCUGGGUAUUGGAAGCGACUUGAGGAAUAAUGCAUUUAACCAAGUAGGUGAUAUUAAAAUGGAUAGAAAAAAUUAUUUACAAGAAAUUAGAAUGAACAUUAAAAAACAAGUAGAUAUAUUCAUGAAUAGAUUCCUUCCUAUGAAUAUAAAAAGAGAGGACAAACGAUUUGUAGUUAUAAUUGAAAAAAAGAAAAAUUACGAUAACUUUCGAUGCCCUAUAUGCAUGUUAGUAUUUUUCAAGCCAGUAAUAACGAAAUGUGCUCAUAUAUUUUGCAAAGAAUGUAUAGAACAAGCUUUCAAUAAAUUUAAUUAUUGUCCUAUGUGUAGAAAAGACAUAAAAGAAUUCAAACUAGAAGAUGUAUCUAAUAGAUUUUUAGGAAGAGAAUAUGAAACAAUUAAAGUUCGAUGUUGUAAAUGUAGAGAAAUUACAAAUAUACAAAAUUAUGAACAACAUUUACAAAGUCAUUACGAGGGUUCCAUGGAUAGUAUAAAUCAUAGUGUGAGUAGGUACCAUACUAUACAUGAUAAGAAAGAGCAUAAAACAUUUAGCAGUCUGAAUUGUUAUAAUAAUGAUGGAAAAGGUAAACAAUAUGAUCAAUCAUGUAACACUUUCAAUAUUUCUGUUGAAUCAGUUAAUCCAUUUUUUAAGAAAUUUUAUUCCUUUUUUAAUAAAAGAAUAAAAAUUGACGAUAUGCAUGAAUUUAUAAAAUGUGUACAAGAAGGGGACGAGGGAGUAGACAUACAAAUACAUAAUAUACAUCUGAUGUUUGGGAAAAAAAGUGCACAAGGGGAUAGUCCGUACAAAACUGUAGAUAUAGAUGAUAUCACGUGUGAUGCUUUUCUUAUCGUUCAGUUAAAAAGGAAAAAAGUAAAAAGAUCGAAAGGGUCGGGUGAGAAAUUUGCAGGAUUUAUGAGCAAAUUUUCUAACUCGACCUGCAAUUUAACAGGAUCAUCAUCCCAUUUCAUAUUUGGGAAUACAAAAAGAGCAGGUAGUACUACCUUACUAAUAACAAAUGAGGACAUUUUACAAAGCGGAAAGGAUAUAGAUGAACAAAAGAAUAAGACAAAGAAGAUGUAUAGUGAUGAACGUUAUGACAUGUUUCAGAUGAAGAUGCUAAGAAAAAACAAAUCAAAUAAAUAUGUAUUUGUCCUUUUUGAAUAUAAUGCAAAGAAUUUAUUUUUUACAGUAUUGAAGAACAUUCCAAUUUUUAAGAACAUGUAUAUGACAAGGAUAGUUACAUUUGCGGCGAAGGGGAAUACGCACAGGGGCGUGCACAACGAUGGCGAUGGAAUACAUAACGAUAACCCGGAUUCUCGUAAUAAAUAUACAGACGAACAGAAAUUAGAACAACUCUUCUCCGUGCUUAAGGAAAAAACAAUAUCGAAUACAUACCACAAAUAUUUUUAUAACUCUCUUCAUUUGUUUUCUGAUAUCGUUGACAAGUGGAAUAGCAAAUGUGUUGAAUUGUAUGUGGAUGACGCUGCUGAGUACAGUGCUGACUCGUUCGUGGUUCAGGAGUCCGUCCUGCAUUUUGAAAAAAAAGAUUAUUAUUUUAAAAACAACUAUGUGAUGGAUCAUGAGUUGAUGUUUUUUCUCUUUUACUUGAAAUAUGAAUUUGCAGUGCCAAGUUGCAUGGAGUAUACUACGUUAUACUGUGAGGAGUUUCUUAAUAAAAUUUUAUGUAAUGACAGCGAUAGUAGAAGUAAUGACAAUAGUGGUUGUGAUUGCAAUGCUGGAAAUAGUAAGAACUGCAGACCGCUUGACUACACAAUCCUAAUAACGGAUGUUUAUACAUAUAAGGACCAGCACCUAAGUGAGUACGAGAAGGAUGCACAACAUAAAGACGAACAACCUUUGUGUGCACCUAGGAUUUUUUCCGCCGGAAAAGAUAAUGUAAACAUUAAUAUAGUUCUUCGAAUGAAGAGGGGAAAGGCAAAAAAACAGGACCAGUGGAUGGGGGAGAGCAACUGUUUGGGAAAAGGAAGAAAGAUGAGCACCUGUACUAGUACCAAUUACAAAGAUCUGCAGAAUUAUGAUAACAUUCAAGAUCUAUGCUAUUUAAAUUUUUCUUAUUCUGAAAAAGGAUUUCAGUGGCAUGUUGACAAGUCGUUCCAUUUUAUAAAUGAUAUAGAACAUAAACAAAUAAAAGUUUUCUGCAGUAUCGAUAAAUUAAUGCUCUUCUUUUUUAGUAUAAGAAAUAAAAAGUACAACUCGAUUUUUUGGAAUUCCACUCAUCUUUUGCAGUACCUACUGCACUACUGUGGGGAGUGA